UGGGCCGACUGCAACGGGAAGAGCCUCCUGCAUGCUCCAAGGUCCCUUCCAAGCAACAUCACCAGUUUGGACCUCUCCUUCAACAACUUGGUCAUGCCCCAUCAUGGGACUCUCUUGCUACAUUUCCCUUCCCUGCGCUCCCUCAACCUCUCUAGCAAUGCCUUGCUGGUGCUGAGCCCAGCAGCCUUCUCCAACCUCGGGGCACUGCGCCUGCUGGACCUGAGCAGCUGCAGCAUUGCCUACCUCUACACGGACGCUUUCAAGGGCUUGGGAAACUUACACACACUGCUCCUAAGAAACAACAGUCUGCAAGAGCUUGAGGUCCCUUUCUUCCUGCCACUGAAGGCUCUUUUCCACCUGGACCUGCAGCACAACAUGCUGGUCUCUGUGGAUGCUUUGAGCCUGCAGCUGAUGGAGGCAGUCCCGCAGGUCCGGCUGGAAGGGAACCCCUGGGUCUGCGACUGCGCCGCAUACCCUCUGCAGCGGUGGCUGCAGCGCAGGCAAGCUGUGCAGGUGACCUGCGCAUCGCCCCCAGGGCUGCAGGGCCGGGAGGUCGCAGCUCUGCAUUCCCAGGACCUGGGCUGCCGGAUGAAGCAGCGGUUUCCUCGGGGGGUCAGCACGGCGCAGCAGAUCACAGUGCCCCACAGCAACACCACCACAUCGCCCUCCGGGAAGGGGGGAAGGAGUUGGCCGUACCUGGUGGGCUUCCUGGUGGCAGCAAUUGGCAUCUCCAUCCUGAUCGCGCUGGCUGCCAAGUGCAAGCUCUUCCACAAGAACUUCGCCAGCUACCGCCACCGGCCACUGCCCGAAACCAGCUCGAUCGGAGGCAACCCCAUGGAGGAUGGCAGUGGCUGGGACAGGGGCUUCUCAGGCCGGGGGGCCAGCAAAAGCCACCCCAGUGCUGCCGACCUGCAAGCUGAGGAUGAUGAUGGCUUCAUCGAGGACAACUACAUCCAGCCAAGUGAACAGCUGCCGGAGGAAGAGGAGCGGGAGUCACACCUCUCCAUCUGA